AUGAGCACCGAGAGGCUCGAAAAGCUCAUUAAUCAAUGCAAAAGCAACGACGUUGACCAAAAGGUUGAUGCCGUUACGAAACUGCAGGCAGAGUUCGAGUCGGGCAUAGAAAUCACCGAACCAGAACCAGUCAUCUCUGCCCUCAAAGCAUGUCUUCGUAUCUCAAAUCAACAUCUAACGACCGCCACGCUCUCUGCCCUUCCUCCUCUACUUCCCUUGAUCGUUUCGCGUAACUAUGUUGUCCCAAACGCAAAUGCGCGCCCAUUAUCAGCAUCGUCCUCCACGUCGUCCACUCCCGGACCGUCGCAUGACUUGAUGGUUCUCCGCCAGAUUAUGAAUGCGUUUCUUCCAGCUCCUGGCGUCAUCGAGCGUCUCGGUGAUACCCGCGAAAAAGCUCGUGAUAAGGCGCGUGAAACACUGAUUAUCCUCGGUGGACUGGCGUUCAGGGCUCCAUCUGGUUCAAAGAUGAAGGAUAGCAAGGGGGGUCCCGAAACGCCACUUGCGAUAUUCGAACGUUUCUUCAGAGAUAGCGGCUUUGGAAGCAAGGUUGCCAGAGUCCGAGAACAAUCAUUACUCGUCCUCGUGCACAUCCGCCGAACUCACCAUCUUUUUCCUGUUCGACCGUACGUUUCAUUACUAGUGGACACUUUGGAAGACACGGAUGGCAAUGUUCGCGCAUGCGCAACGCCUUCUGUUAUUGAACUCUUCACCGGGCCGGGCGUGACGGACGCUGCUCGCUCAGACCUCAAGAAAGAGAUGACGAAGAAGGGGGUACGCAAAGCGAUGGUUGAUAACAUUCAGUCACAGCUCAUGCAUUCCAGUCGUGCUGCUGGAGCAAGUACACCCCAGAGCGAGGGCUCCGCGGGAAGUGGAGAACCCCACGCAAAGAAGGAGUACAUUCCUCCAAGCAUGAUGCUGCAACAGAAUCGUCGGCCAACGGUUGGCGCGGCAUCUGGAGCUACGCCUGGUAUGACGAGGGCAAUAAGUCAAGGGAACGCGAGAGAGAUCCCGAGGCCACCAAGUCGAGCUGCAGUUGUCUCUCCGCCUUUGUCGUCACAGCCUUCAAGCGAAGCAGCUAGUACGGUUGAACCUGCUUUCAUUGCAUCUAGCCGAGAUCUGGAAAACGAAUUUCUAGCAUUUGCAAAAUCGUUCGAGGGGAAGGAAACAGAACACAACUGGGCUGCCCGCGAACGUGCCAUUCAGCGUGUCCGUGGUAUGCUCUCUGGAAACAUCCAUACAAGAUAUCCUGAUGUAUUCCUCCAAUGCCUAAAAGACGGAUUCAUGCAGUCCUCCAUAAAAACACUCGUCAGUUUGCGGACAACGGUUUCUGCAAACACCUGCUCCCUUUAUUCCGAGCUUGCCAUUGCGUUGGGCUUAGGGAUUGACCCGUUUUGUGAAAUGUUGUAUACGAAUCUGCUCCGAAUGGCAGGAUUUACAAAGAAAAUUGCUGCUCAACAGUCCCAGCGAUCGCUCGAGGUCAUAAUGGAGUAUGCUUCAGCACAUCCUCGGGUUCUUCUUUCCCUCCUUUGGAACACUCUCCAAGAAAAGACGGUGCAAUCUCGAACAUUCGUAGUCUCCCACAUCACCCACUACAUCCAGCUACAUGGGACACGGGCGAGACCGCAUAUAGAGGCGAAUGGUGGUGUGGAGAUCCUCGAGAAGUCCUUGAAGAAGGCGUUAGCUGAUCCCAAUCCUGCUGUCAAGGAAACAGCCCGCAGUGCAUUUUGGGAAUUCAACGGUGUCUGGCAUGACAGGGCAACUGUAAUCCUCGAGUCUCUUGAUCCCAUAGCACGCAAACAGCUGGAGAAGGCAUGCCCAGAUCCUGAAGUUAUUGCCAAUCUUCCUGCAACUACACCAAGCACACCAAACGUCAAGAAGAGCAGUGUUGCAGCCGCGAUUGCCGCCAGUCGUGCCAAGGCCAAAGCGAUUGCAACUGCGCCCCCUACUCUGAGACAUCAAGCGACGUCCUCGUCACACGCGACACGCGCAACGUCACCUCCAGCACGGAGAGUUGUUUCGCCAAUAAGCCCUACGGUUAAACCCUCGAAUGGGCGCAGCUCGCCAUCGCCAGCUUCGAGGUCCUCGCUGUCCCCUCGUUCAUCCCUUUCCCCCCUUACACCAUCAAAAUCACGCGUCCUGGGUGGUACUAUGCCUCGUUCUGUAAGCUCUGGCGCGGUCCUGACGUCGUAUUCACGUUCCUCCACCGAUUCGUCGGUGCCAUCCAGCCCCGAAGUAAACCGACGUCGAGGAUCUUCUCCUCUUGUUCCACCCAUUCCACCUAACCACUUAUCUACCAUCCGUAAAACUGUGCAGCCGAAUCUUUCGGAUUCCUGCCACGACUCACCGACCCCCCGGUAUCAUGCACCCCCAGUUUCAAUUCCAGCCCCAGCUCGCCAGUCAACUGUAAUGCCCGAUAUUAAUGAUGAGCAGACGCUCCUACUAGCAACCGCUAUACCCAUACCUGAUGACAGUGAUUCUGAGAUGGACGACGAAUCUGUCAAUCUCAUGUCUUUUUCGACUCCUUACAAGGUGUAUCCUCCGGCGCCCAGUCAACAACGCUCACUCUCUCCCCGCUCGGAUCGUUCAACGCCUUACACUAGUUCUGAUGCAUUGUCAAAUAGAAAACCUUUAGAGAUAGCACCUAUCGAAGACGCCCUUAUAGCUCGAGCUGAGCAAGCACAGAGUGCUGCGGAGCGAUUGCUGGAGCUGAACGACCCGGACGGUGAGGAUAACCAGCACUCCACAAUUCCUCCAUCGCUGCUCCUUGGACGUAGCGGAUCUGCGACGCCAAAACCCAAAGCGCAAAAUGUGCCAGCGAUAAUACGAAGCCUGGCUCCUCCUCCUGUGACCCCCGACAACCGAACCGCAGCCAUCUUCCGCCAGGCAGCUUUAUUCAAGAAUAGUCCUGCAAACAUCAAAGCUGUAGACAACCUCGUGAAGCCAGUUCAAGACCAGGUGCAUGAGACUGGUUGGUGGUUGAAACGCACAUCUACCCUCGGACAUGCCACACCCCUCAAGGCAACUGCAGCUGAAGAUCGAGUACAAGAACUCAACAACUAUAUUACCGCACUGGAAAGCGAUCAAACUGACAUUCGGGUUCUUCAAAAGUUAGCGUUGUUGUGCAGCAGCAAUCCCAUACCUUCCGCAACGACGUCUCCCCUGAGUCCUGGACUAGGACUUCCUUCCACUGUUUCGCCUUUCCUUGGCAUCAGUCGCUCUCUUCCUCCACUAAUCCCUGAUAUAUGGACGAAGGAAAAGAGCUUUGAACGACUAUUCAAUGCUCUGAUCAAGUUUCUUGAUCCUUCAAGGGAUGCAGAGCAACUUGAAUACGGCCUCAUAGUUCUUUGGGAAUUGCUGAGCUGUCAAGCACCAUUCGUGGAAGGUCGGGAAGCUGACAUAUUCGCAACUUUGUUUACUGUGCGGUACUGUAAUGCUGUUGAUGUUCUUGAAGCAACUAAAACAAUCCGCGAUGCCCUUGCAACACGCAUCGAACCUGUUUACGGUCUAACUACGAUGCACGGCAGUCUGCGCGCGUUCCUAGCUGAGCUUUCGUCAGAUAUGAGUGCCAAAGACGCAUCGCACGCCUUUGGACUAAUCGCCAUAGGCAAAUUCGUUAUGCGCUUGCCCGCUGAAGUACUCGAGGAAGAACUUCCGCGCUUAAAAUCCACCUUGAUGGCGGCGCUAAACAACACCACUCUCGUCAUUCGCGAAGCUGCGUAUGCUACCAUCAUCGCUGCGCAACUCGUGCUCCGGGACGAGACUCAUCUCUUCGCGUUGCUCGACGGGCUCGAUGAUAACAAGAAGAACUUGCUCACGUACUACUUUGAUAAGCACGACGCGAGGGUCCUUGGCAUAGAUGGCAACGGUGUUGGAAUGACGAAGUUGGAGGGUCAGAUGGGGAGGUUGGACAAGUUGAUGAAUACCCCACAGAGAGAGAAAGGCCGUGCAUCAGAGUAA